AUGUUAAGGAAUGGAGAUGUUAGAACCUAUGAUUUUAUAGUUUAUGCAUCAGAUUCUAACAAAGAAAUAAUAAUAUUUGAUUCAAUAACUUAUUAUAUUGAAGUUGUCACAAUUAAAUUUCCAAAUUAGUUAGUCAAAUAUUUUCAAAUUUAUAACCAAGGUGGAAAUUUAGAGGCUAAUUUUAUUCAUAUCAUAAAGGCUGAGAAUUAAAAUAAUAUUUAAAUUUUUUGUAUUUGA